ACCACUUCAUUUGCACCUUUUCCUAUUAUUACUAUUAGUAUUAUGUUGUUGCAGGGAAGUGACUGAGAAGAACUGAGUCGUGAAAGGCCGUGGACUCGACCGGAGCAUGGAGGACACCUCAAAAUCCCUAAAAAAACAUUACCAACUCUCUCGAGCUGCCAAGCGCCGCUUCGGACGCAGAGGCAGAGUAGGCGAGAAGAAAAGCGGCGACAAACACGACGAGGAUGACGGUGAGAACGAGGAUGAGGUGGACGAGGGCUGUGAUGUGCAGGCGUGGGAGACAUUGAGCAAGAGCUUUAACGACGUGCAAUCUGUUUUGGAUCAUAAUCGAGUUUUGAUCAACAUCGUUCAACAGCGACAAGCUCUAUCCAAGAGUAGUGGCGAUACCAGCAACAGCAGUAGCAAUAGCUAACCGCCAGCCGGGGGACUCUCCGAGAAACUAUCAGAUUUGAUCAAAGUCAUCGGUGGUGGAUCCUUCAAGAAAUUUCAGUAAUCUCCGAUGCCUCUUUUAUACCUCUGGUGAAUUAAUAAGCAUUUUCUAGAGCUCACUUGUCAAACCUAUGCUUAUGCUGUCUCGUCUUUUAUUGGUUGAGUCGCUUGGUUGACUCACGCUUGUCUUUGUGUUUUGAGUCGUUUGGUAUGGAUUGGAUAAGUUUUAAGGUGUCGUUCAGUCGGUCACUGACUGUACUAGUUAUUGAUUUUGUGAUAUGGUGGCGAUGGAACUGAUGGUUAAUGUGAUGCUUAUGUCUGUUCUUUUUCUGGUUUUA